UCUAUUCUCGGUCUCCAUGAUGGAUGUACAGCACGUCCUGGGUGGGCACAAAGGGGUUUUGUUUAGCCUUUCGGGACUUGGCACCGCCGCACAUGUGACGAUUCGAUCUCCUAGUCGUGCAGACAGAAUCCUGCUGACUGCUUGAGUUUGACGUCGUCAUGCCCCUCUCGGCUGAAAAGAGCUUGUCUCUCAAACAUCAACUGGGCCCGUCGUAAGGUGCAACCAUCACCCACCAUGCCUUCCUCUCGAGGUCAUCGCUUUGUGCCCAUUCCUUCCUCUGCUUCGCCUUCGUCGUCUCCUGCACGGUCUCAUGUCUCCUUGUAUCCUUCCCCACAGCAUCGCAGUCCCUCUGUUCCCAGAUAUGUACCGGGUAAAUUCUCGUCAGCCAAGGCUGCGAGCCACCACCACGCAACAGCCUCCUACCGUUCGACCUCUGGUGGCAACCUGUCGUCGUCGGACAACUCCCACUCGGGCUCCUUUGCCUCGGUUGAAAAGUUUGGCACGGUGGACAACUUUGCAGUCUGGAGGGAUGCCGCCAGAGAACCCGAGCCAGACGACUAUCUGCACGAACCGGACCCGAGCCGUGAGCGUCGUGGCGAUUCGACGGGCACCAUCUUCACCAGGCGUGGCUUGAUGAAUGUGGGAAGCCUCCUAUGCCUGACCGCAUCCCUUUUGAUGGUCUUUGCCGGCUACCCGAUUCUGGUCUUUCUAUUGAAGAAGGAGACGGGCACGGCAGGAGGCUUCAAUCUCGGUGGAACCAACGCGAGCGGCCAGGUGCCACAACUACCAGGCUUGAGGACUGAUGUCAUCGACGCAGACACACCUGUCGAGGCUCGCACUCGCACGAGUCUCGAUGGUAAAAAGAUGAGGCUCGUCUUCAGCGACGAAUUCAAUCAGGAUGGAAGGAGCUUCUACCCCGGCGAUGAUCCUUUCUGGGAGGCGGUGAAUCUCCACUACUGGGGCACCGGAAACUUCGAAUGGUAUGAUCCGGCAGCGGUCACGACAAAGGAUGGCAAUCUGGUCAUCACGCUCACCGAAUCUCCUGGCCACAAUUUAAACUUCCGCGGCGGCAUGGUGUCCACCUGGAACAAAUUUUGCUUCACUGGCGGAUACAUCGAGGUCCGUGUCGUCCUCCCUGGCGCCCCAGAUGUCUCCGGGCUCUGGCCAGCGGCUUGGACGAUGGGCAACUUGGGAAGGGCCGGCUACGGAGCGACGACGGAUGGCAUGUGGCCCUACUCCUACGACAGCUGCGAUGUGGGCACGAUGCCCAAUCAGACGUACCUGGCCAGUCAGGGUGGUGGUCCGGUAGCUGCAGAGACGACUGGUGUCUUUGUCGAUCAGUAUGGCCCGGGGCUCAGCUACCUGCCUGGCCAACGUCUGAGCCGCUGCACUUGCCGUGACAGCACCGAGCAUCCAGGGCCCCGCCAUUCGGAUGGCUCCUUCGUCGGCCGUUCGGCGCCGGAGAUCGACAUCAUCGAAGCACAGGCUGCAAACAGGAGGGGUGCGCGAGGCCACGUCUCCAUGUCGCUGCAGCUCGCUCCCUUUGACACAGGCUAUAAUCUCACGACCGAGCCCGGCGCUUACGAGUUUUUCGACACGAACAAUGCCGAGCUCAACUCUUACACCGGCUCCGUCUACCAGCAGGCGGCCUCCGGACUUGUAUACACAAAGAAUAGCAACUACAUGGAGACCAGCGCGGAGUUUGACACGUAUGGCUUCGAAUACAAGGUGGGCAAGGAACCAGACUCGCACAUUACCUGGACCGUCGGCGGUGAGCCGCAGUGGAGGAUGAAUGCCAAGGCCCUGCAGGCCGAUCCGGCCACCGAGAUCGGCCAGCGCCUCGUCCCUCCCGAGCCCAUGUAUGUGCUCCUGAAUCUGGGCAUCUCGUCCUCAUUCUCAUACGUCAAUUUCGACGAGCUCAAGUUCCCCGCGACAUACCUCGUCGACUACGUUCGGAUCUGGCAGCCCGAAGACGAGAUCAACAUCGGAUGUGAUCCCCCUGGCUUCCCCACCAAAGAUUACAUUGAUUCGCACUACGAAGCGUACCAUAAUCCCAACCUGACCAUCUGGACCGGCGACGAAACGGUCGGAGGCUACGGCCAACCCAUGCCAGGAAACAGCUUGAAGGGCGAAUGUUGAAACACGCGCCCCUCAUGGACAAUUUUGUUGAUGUAUCCCUCUCCCUUACCACCUCUUUUACGGUUCCCUCUUCCUCAGAAUCGCACUCCGUGUCUUUCUACACAAUCAACAUCCAGCACAGCACUUGUCCAAAGAAGAACCUAUUUCGGACUCCAUAUUAGCACUAGAUAAAAUAGAUGAUUAAGACAGAUGGAAUGACGA